AGGCUCGAUGGCCAGCUGGAAGUGGUUAUUAUGAUUUUAUUCCUCUCUCGGUUUAUUCGUACCAGUGACUCGUAACACGACUACGAAAAUAGCAAAAUCGAGAAAACUCGUCUUGUAAUUUCUCCGGUUUCUCUUACCUACUGGGAUUUUUAUUGCGUACACGUAAUUGCAUUCGUUGUCCAUGUUUAAUUGUACAAGCAACGAUACCGGUGCUCAGUGACUCGUGUAAGAAGUGAGAUAUUAUUUUCUGUAUUGUGAUCCCCGUUAUAUCGAAUACGGUAUGCCUGAUCAAAUCACCGGUUUUUAUAACAAAAAAGAGAACAAAGCUUUCAUCACCGGAGCUACCGGAUUCGUUGGAUUAGCUCUAAUUGAAAAGCUUCUAAGAUGUUUUCCAUCGAUGACGCUGUAUUUGUUGAUCAGAUCCAAGUAUAAGAAAGACGCAUCUGCCAGAUGGGAAGAUUUGAAACGUCAUGCGGUGUUCACCAAACUGAAAGAGGAAAGAGACGAGCAUUUAUUCGAUAACGUCGUCGUCGUCGCCGGAGAUGUCGGUGAAGAGAAUUUGGGCCUCAGUGAGGGAGACAAAGCUAACGUUAUCGAAAACGUAAACAUGGUUUAUCAUUGCGCCGCUACUUUGGAUUUCGAUACCGAUUUACCCACUAAUGUGAAUAUUAAUUUGCUCGGAACCAAAAGAAUCCUCGAACUGUGCGGUCAAUUGAAAAACUGUAAAGGAUUCUUACAUGUUUCCAGCGCGUACGUAAAUUCUGAUAAAAAAGAAGUCGACGAAGUUCUGUACGAACCUCCCGAAGAUACCGAAAAAGUUUUAGAUCUCGUUAAAUCUCUAGAUAUGGCUGCACUUGACGUUAUUACAAAAAAAAUCAUUAAAAGUCAUCCGAAUUCAUACACGUUCACGAAGAGUUUAGCCGAACACGAAGUCGACAAGGCGAACGUAGCAUUCCCAACAGCUAUAAUACGACCGAGCAUGAUCUUAGGUUCGUGGAAAGAACCGGUACCAGGUUGGACAGCUUCGAAAAAUGGUCCGCAAGGAUUCCUCAUGGGAGCUGCGAAAGGCGUCAUUCGUCGACUUCCCAUCAACGUUGAUCUUAUUUACGAUUACAUACCCGUCGAUAUUGUUGUCAAUUUUAUGAUUGUUUCGUUAUGGAGCGCUUCGAUCAACUGGGCUAAAGGCAGCAAGACUCCUGUCCAUCAUGUCACCAGCGGAACAUAUAAACCUUUCAGAUGGAACAUGGUCAACGACAAAGUACACUUUUAUCUACAUCAGUAUCCGUUGAAAAGCGCCGUCUGGUACCCGAAUUUGAAGUUUUUACCUAGCUUACAAAGAUACAGAAUUUCUGCGUGGAUUUUCCACAUGUUGCCGGCUUUCAUAUUGGAUUUCGUUACGAAAAUAUUUGGCGGAAAACCGAUAUUAGUUCGUCUUCAUACGAAAGUAAACAGAUCUUUGGAUCAACUAGAACCAUUCAUUUUCAACGAAUGGAAAUUCCAUAAUCCGAAAGCCUUACAACUACAAUCAUCGAUGAGUGAAGAAGACAAAAAACUGUUUUACUUAGAUAUGAGUCCUCUGAAUUGGGAACAGUAUUUCCACAGUCUUGCUUUGGGUGUUAGAUUAUACUUAAAUAAUGAAAAAAUAACUACUCUGGGAUCUGCCAAAAUUAAAGAUAACUUAUUCUUCGUAUUGAAUAUUUUCAUUCAGUUGUUUGCACUUGGAUUAUUGUACGGGUUAAUUUCACUUUCUGGAAUUCCUUAUGCUCCUGUCGUUAUCGUACCUCUGAUUGCAUUAUUCAUUCACGUUUAUUUGUAAAAGAUUAAUUUAAUCAUAGUGUUUUUUUUUCUGAUAAUGUAUUUAAAACGUCACUGUACAUUUCAAUAAGUUUUGCGUUGUUUUUCCAUAAGUUUUAUGAUGAUAUUGAAUAUAACUUUUUUAAAAUUUUUAAUAA